CGCGCGGAAGAGGAAAGCCAGCUUCGAGCUUGUCAAAAACAAGCUAACUUAGCAACGGUAGUUGAGCUAGUACCUUUUAUUCUCCGAAACAGUAAUAAACGAAGUAAGCCUGUGGGAGUAAACUGAACAAAAUGCACCACGUCAAGAUAAAAACAGAAAGGCCAGAUCUGGAGAGCACAGGUCCUCGCGGGAGGUUGGAUGCUGUGCUAAAGGGUUUAGUAGAAAAGAGUGAAAAUGAAAGAGAACCAAAUGAAGACCCAGGAAAGUUGUCAGUGGAUGCUUUAAGCAAAGAUUUGUCUCCAUCAUCUGCUGGAAAAAGACCUUCAGCAAGAUUUCCACAGCACAGAAGGAAGAAAAGAAAGGAGAUGGAUGAGGGCAUCCCAGAGACGAAUCAACACAAACAGAAUGCAUACAUUAUUAAGUUGUUUGAUCGCAGUGUUGAUUUAGCUCAAUUCAACACCACCACCCCACUGUAUCCAAUCUGCCGUUCCUGGAUGAGAAACAAUCCUUCUGUUAGGGAACCCGCAGUUUCUCCAAGAUCCCCUCAAAGCAUACCAGAAGAGGAGGUCACAGACAUGAUGAAUGGCAAAGGUCAGAAUGUGUACCGACUUCCUCCUCCAUCUGCCUGUCCAGUGUGCCCAUCUGGCGAACUCAUCAAUCUCAGGAUCCCACAGACUGAAAAGCCCACUAUUUCCAAGUUCACAGAGGUUCCCGUGUCAGGAGCUCUCAUCAGUGACCAUAUGGAACGUUGGAAAAAGAUAAGACAGAAAUGGAAGGAAUGCUCCAAUAAAAACCAGAUGAGAUACAGUGAGAGCAUCAAGGUUCUGAAGGAAAUGAAGGAGCUCUAUGACCACUGACUGCCUGCAUUGUAUUUGUUUGCAGCAGAAUGGACUCUCCACAGUUGGAAAGGAGCCAUGCAUUCAUAUUUGAUGUUCGCUGACUCCUGCAUACAACCAUAGAUGAGUAGAAAAGAAUAGCAGAACUUUGAACCUUAACAGACAUUUUGUCCCUUAAGUUACAGAAAAGAUAUUUGGCAAUUUCCUGUGUGGGGGUAUGUUGGAGUGUCAGACCUGAUACUCAAGUACAUUUUGUGUAAAUGUCUACAUAAAUGACUUUUGAGGUAGUAUUUUUCUCACACACACACUGGUACGUUCUUGAUAUAACCCAAAAAUGAUUAAAGUCUACUGUAAUGUA